AACAUCUGGUCAGGCAGAGGCUCUAAUACUGGGCCUCCGCACUAGGCCGAGCUACAUAGUGAACAGGAUGGAGAGGAAAGAGUGGAGAGAUGAUUCUCCACACCUGCUGGCUGCUGCAACCAGACCAUACUUCACGAGUCACUCCAUAUUGAAUCAAUACAAUGGACUUUGUCAUCAACGUAGUCUCCCAGUUCAAGACCUUUGCUGGGAAUGAUGGAUCCUCAAACACCCUGAACAAAGAGGAGUUCAACAGCCUGGUGGCCUCUCAACUACCUGCUUUUGUUAAGAAUACCAGCGAUACAGGCGUCAUCGAGCAGCUCAUAGGUUCGUUGGAUGAAAACAACGCAGCAGCUGAUUGGAAAACUUACCAACAAGCAAGGGGGCUUUUAGCCAAUAAAAACAAUGUGUGGGAUUCCGUUGGAUGUGUAUCAAUGUGCAAUUAAAUGAUCCUCUAUGUAGCUGUGUGGCAAGCUUUUAAUCUGAAUUGACAUGCACAAUUAUUCAUUUGAUCAUUUUCUAAAGCAGGAGACUUUGCAUAAAAGGAUCCAUUGUCUUAACUCUC